GCCAGCUCACUUUCACUCCGCACCUGCCUUUCCGGACGCCUCAGGCAUGUGUACUGGAAAGUGUGCUCGAUGCCUGGGGCUCUCCCUCAUCCCUCUCUCCCUGAUCUGCAUCGUGGCCAAUGCCCUCCUGCUGGUACCUGAUGGGAAGACCACCUGGACGGAUGGCAACCUCAGCUUGCAAGUUUGGCUCAUGGGCGGCUUCAUUGGAGGGGGCUUGAUGGUGCUGUGCCCUGGAAUUGCUGCAGUCCGGGCAGGGGGGAAGGGCUGCUGCGGUGCAGGCUGCUGUGGGAACCGCUGCAGGAUGCUGCGCUCUGUCUUCUCCUCCGCCUUUGGGAUACUUGGUGCCAUCUACUGCCUGUCAGUGGCAGGAGCUGGGCUCCGAGUGGGACCCAAAUGCUUAAUAAAUAACAAAUGGGACUACCACUUCCAAGAAACCCAAGGCGGUUACUUGCACAAUGACACUCUUUGGAAUUUAUGUGAGGCGCCACCUCACGUGGUACCCUGGAAUGUGACACUCUUCUCAAUUCUGGUGGUCGCCUCAAGUCUGGAAACGGUGUUGUGCGGAAUACAGCUGGUGAAUGCGACCUUGGGCGUGUUGUGUGGCGAUUGCCGGAAAAAGGAGGGCUCAGCUCACUGAGUUCCAUGGGCCACCCCUAAUACCUCAUUUCUGGAAGUCGGAGCGGUCACCCACUCCCCUGGGUGGCUAGAAAAAAAAAACCUUAGUGGAAUAAACAGCCCUGAGCACCCUUCCCCAGUUCUGGUUCAGCCUUCGGAAGGAAUGUACAUGGGCCUCCAGAGAUAUGUGUCUAGGCUUGGGGCUUCUAUUUGUACCCUACUCCACCCCCCGGCUGGUUAUUCUCUUAACAACAACAACAACCACAACAACAACUUAUUAUUAUUGUUCUGGAAAUAAAAUUAUGCGCUCUCAAGGAAAUUA